CUUCCUCUCGGGACUAAGAGAUGACGAUGCCUUAGAGUCAAUCUUGUAAGCGCCGGGGGACGAGGGUGGCCGGGCAGAGGUUGCAGCACUAACGGCGGCAAAGGGAAAAAAGCAAAGGUGUAUCGGUGGCAGAUGCGCAGGUACGACGAUGUCGUUUACUUGGAUGCGCAAGCGUCAUCCCUAUACGGUGGCCAUUCGGCGUCCAUACGGCGAUAUACGAUGGACGUCUAUAAACUAGUGUAGGUAGUUGAGCAGAGACAGGAAGCGUGAGCGCCGCCGCACAUGCAUCACGUCAGAGCCAUCCGCUCGCCCACGAUAAUUCCAUCCAAUGUGCAAGUUGGGGCGGGACGUUUGGUCCAAUCUCGUCGAGUUUUGAUUUCCGGAGAAGAAGAAGAAGAGGAAAGAGAAGAAGAAGAAAAAGGAACCAACAAGAGUCAGUUGCUGGUUCGUGUGCUCGUGCCGUGCAGUGGCUGUCGAAGGUCGCUCGGCAAUCCAAGACCUCUCACUGGUGGUCGGAGAGAGUUCCGCGCGCGCGUGCGACAGCGCCCCUGUGGCGAGCUGGGCUGGGAUCAGGGUUGGGUUCCGCGGAUUUGCCCUAGGAACACCUUAACAACCGUAAGGGGUCCCCCAGGGACGCCGCCGGGAUGCAUCGAUUAUUGGCGGCCGCGGUUGCCGAAGACGGGCUGUUUCCCGCCGAUCAUGAGGUCAUUGUCGAGUGGAAAACUGUUCGCGAGACCUUUCCAUUGCGUGGGUUUUGCGGGGGCACCGGCGCCCUUGGGCCGGGCUUACGCAACACUUGCGAAGGGAAAAGGGAGGAGGGGUGGGGGAAGGGGGAGGGGGCGGCAUGAAUGCAUAUGCGGCAGAUGAUGGCACUCGAUGAAGCUCGGCUCCAGUCAUCAACAAUUGAUGAGCGGA